GAAAAGGAAGAAGACAUUUCUUGCCGACGCCAUUAGCGAGCUGGAAGUGUAGUGAAACGCGGACAAAGCUUGUGCCGUGUUAUUCGCUACAAUCGUGUGUUUUUGGCCGAAAUUUCAAUAUUAAACUGCCUGUACGAUGUACGAGAAUGAAGAAGACCACUUCGAGGAGGAAGAUCCGGAGGAGAUUUCGCACGAGCUGUGGCAGGAAGCAUGCUGGAUCGUGAUCAACGCUUACUUCGACGAGAAGGGUCUCGUGCGGCAGCAGCUGGACAGCUUCGACGAGUUCAUCCAAAUGUCCGUCCAGCGCAUCGUCGAGGACUCGCCGGCCAUCGAGCUGACGGCCGAAGCGCAACACUCAUCGGGCGAGAUCGAAAACCCGACGCGCUACUUGCUCAAGUUCGACCAGAUCUACCUGUCGAAACCGACGCACUGGGAAAAGGAUGGUUCCCCCUCGCCGAUGAUGCCGAACGAAGCACGUCUACGCAACCUUACCUACUCGGCUCCGCUCUACGUGGACAUCACCAAGACGAAGCUGGUCGAGGGCCAGGAUCCGGUAGAAACGCAGCAUCAGAAAACGUUCAUCGGCAAGAUUCCGAUCAUGCUGCGGUCCACGUACUGUCUGCUCUCCCAGCUGACAGAUCGUGAUUUGACGGAGUUGAACGAGUGUCCACUCGAUCCAGGCGGCUACUUCAUCAUCAACGGCUCGGAGAAGGUACUGAUUGCGCAGGAAAAGAUGGCCACCAACACGGUCUACGUGUUCAGCAUGAAGGACGGCAAGUACGCGUACAAGACGGAGAUCCGAUCCUGUCUGGAGCACAGCUCCCGGCCCACCUCGACGCUGUGGGUGAACAUGAUGGCACGCGGCGGUCAGAGCAUCAAAAAGUCCGCCAUCGGCCAGCGCGUGAUAGCGAUCCUGCCGUACGUGAAGCAGGAGAUACCGAUCAUGAUCGUGUUCCGUGCGCUCGGAUUCGUCGCCGACCGGGACAUCCUCGAGCACAUCAUUUACGACUUUGACGAUCCGGAAAUGAUGGAGAUGGUAAAGCCCUCGCUGGACGAAGCGUUCGUCGUGCAGGAGCAGAACGUGGCCCUCAAUUUCAUCGGAGCGCGCGGUGCUCGGCCCGGCGUCACCAAGGACAAGCGUAUCAAGUACGCGAAGGAAAUUCUGCAAAAGGAAAUGUUACCCCACGUUGGUGUGUCCGAUUUUUGCGAAACCAAGAAGGCGUACUUCCUCGGCUACAUGGUACAUCGGUUGCUGCUGGCUGCGCUCGGACGCCGCGAGCUGGACGAUCGUGAUCACUACGGCAACAAGCGUCUCGAUCUGGCCGGUCCGUUGCUCGCGUUCCUGUUCCGCGGCCUGUUCAAGAACCUGAUGAAGGAGGUGCGCAUGUACGCACAAAAGUUCAUUGAUCGCGGAAAGGACUUUAACCUUGAGCUGGCCAUCAAGACGAAGAUCAUUACGGACGGAUUGCGCUACUCGUUGGCCACCGGUAACUGGGGCGAUCAGAAGAAGGCCCAUCAGGCUCGAGCCGGUGUGUCGCAGGUGUUGAAUCGCCUGACGUUCGCCUCGACGCUGAGCCAUCUGCGGCGCGUCAAUUCACCGAUCGGGCGUGACGGUAAGCUGGCCAAACCCCGCCAGCUUCACAACACCCUGUGGGGCAUGAUCUGUCCGGCCGAAACGCCGGAAGGAGCAGCCGUCGGGCUGGUGAAGAACCUGGCGCUCAUGGCGUACAUUUCGGUCGGUUCUCAGCCGUCUCCGAUUCUCGAGUUCUUGGAGGAGUGGUCCAUGGAAAACUUGGAAGAAAUUGCCCCGUCGGCGAUUGCCGACGCGACCAAGAUCUUUGUGAACGGUUGCUGGGUCGGCAUUCAUCGCGAUCCGGAGCAGCUGAUGGCCACGCUGCGGAAGCUGCGCCGACAGAUGGAUAUUAUCGUGUCGGAAGUAUCGAUGAUUCGCGAUAUCCGCGACCGUGAGAUCCGCAUCUACACCGAUGCAGGUCGCAUCUGUCGUCCGCUGCUGAUUGUGGAGAACGGAUCGCUGCUGCUGCGCAAAAAUCACAUCGACAUGUUGAAGGACCGCGACUACAACAACUACGGCUGGCAGGUGCUGGUUGCUUCCGGUGUGGUGGAGUACAUUGACACGCUGGAGGAGGAAACGGUCAUGAUUGCGAUGACACCGUACGAUCUGAAACAGGACAAGGAGUACGCCUACUGUACGACCUACACGCACUGCGAGAUCCACCCGGCGAUGAUUUUGGGCGUCUGCGCUUCCAUCAUCCCGUUCCCGGAUCACAACCAGAGUCCGCGUAACACCUACCAAAGCGCUAUGGGUAAGCAGGCGAUGGGUGUGUACAUCACGAACUUCCACGUGCGCAUGGACACGCUCGCGCACGUGCUUUACUACCCGAUGAAGCCGCUCGUGACGACGCGGUCGAUGGAGUAUCUGCGGUUCCGUGAGCUGCCGGCCGGUAUCAACUCGAUCGUGGCCAUCCUGUGCUACACGGGC